AUGGCCCAACAUGACUUCCUUCCAUCUGCUCCUGGCCUUGGAAUGAUUGUGACUGUUAAGGCUCCAAAUAAAGAGAUAUUGCUGUCUAAACUGUAUGGACCGGAUGGGAAGUUUACAUUUACAUCACAUACUCCUGGAGAACAUUCCAUCUGCAUGCAAUCAAAUUCUACAAACCUUAUUGCCUUUGCUUCAAACAGAUUGCGCAUACACUUGGACAUUCAGGUUGGUGAACACCCUCUUGAUUACUCAGCUGUGGAUCCAAAUAACAAAGUGAAAGAAGUUUCCAACAUAUUAGAAAACCUUCAAGGGGAAAUGAACCAUAUCAUGAAAGAACAGGAAUAUCAGCGGGAGAGAGAAGAAUAUUACCGACAGAAGAGUGAAGACAUGAACAGCAAUGUUUUAUGGUGGGCUAUUGUGCAAACCGUCAUCCUCACCUCUGUUGGCAUCUGGCAGAUAAAACGCCUAAAAGAUUUCCUCAUCGCCAAGAAAGUUGUAUAA